UGUAGUUGAGCGGUGUAGUUGCCGACGACUCGCGCACAGGGCACUCGUGUACUAGAUGCGAUAUCGCUAGCUCCGAUACAAAGAAAUUCGGAAUAGAAGAGUCGCUUAGUUGUACCGAGGUCUGAGAGCAACCCUUGAAGGACAACGUCAUGUGUUAAAAUUCUAAAAACGAAUUCACAAUAAAAAUGUUUUUGUUCAUAAUCGCGAAGAGAGUGGACAUGUCCCUGUGUAUACAAUAGGAUCAGCAGGCUUGUUACCUGAAGUGCUGACUUACCGCCUUCCACGAGAUGAAUUACCGCUUCAUCCGGAUUUUAAUACUGAUUGAUACGUGCGCAUCUGUUUUAGCGCACCCUAUAACAGUUCAAGAAGAGCGAAAUCACAAUUCCGGACUGUUCUACACAGAUGAUUUGGCAACAUCUAACAACGAAAAUACGACUAAGAUCCAAGAUGAGAAAGUUAUAUCUGUUAGAAUUACAUCAUCAAUCGCCAUUGGACGUUCUCAAAAAAAGUUAAACAGGCCUAUUCCGAACGACAAUGAUUCAAACAAACAAGAUUUUUUCAACGGGGUGACUGAAUCUGACGAAUCACAGUUAGCUUCUACAAUGAGUAUAACAGAUGAUAUCGAAUCAUCCAGUUUACCAACACAGUUGGUAGGUGCUAAUAUAGAAUUUAUCAAACAACUUAACGCAAAAAAAGGAACUCGAGACCAUAAGAUAGACAAUGUACAUCCCUUUGACUUGUUAAGUAAAAGUCAACCUUACAAAGACCAGGAUUCCGCACUAAGCGACACACCAUUUGAAAACGAAGAGAACAUUGACGGUAUUCCUUUAGCCAGAAAAAUACCAACAUCUCACGUUGCGAACAAUUUUGAAACUAAUAAACAAAAUUCAAAUAGUAGUUUUCAUACGACCCAAGAAUUAUAUCCUAGUAUCACCGAACAAAACGAUAACACAAUGGGGUCGGAUUUAUCAGAAGUGAACGAUGAAAGACUUUCUCGAAAUAUGACUUUCAGUUCACUAUUUUCUUUGAAUUCGCCGCAUGUAAUUGAAAAUAAUUCAACAAUUCAUGAAAGGAAUCAUAAUCACACUGAAGACACUAUAGCAGAGUCGUCUAUCCAGUCUGCUGUAGAAAUCAACCAAAACCAACAACCUACUCGUGACGAAACCGUCUCCGAGUCUGAUUAUUUUCAGAGUGUGAGUAAUUCUGUCAAACAAAACACAGCAAGCUUAACAACAGUUAGUUUUAAUAUUGUUCACGAUGCGCCAAAAGGUGCGACUAGUUAUGAAAAUUCUUUAAAAUACAAUAACGGAUUUGAUGUUGCCCGAGAACAACAAACGUUUAAUCUGCCAAGAAUUUACAGUGAGCCAGCUAAAAUCUACAGUGAACCUGCAAAGUUUUACAGUGAACCAGCCAAGAUUUACAGUGAACCGGCCAAGGUAUACAGCGAGCCGGCUAAAAUUUAUAGUGAACCUUCUAAAAUUUACAGCGAACCUGCUAAAUUUUACAGCCAACCUGCAUCACUUCAUUUAAGUGCGAGUGUUCCUCCCAAUUUUUCAACAUGGCAGCAUCCUUCACAAUCCGCUUUACUUGUUUCCUCAGAUAUUAACACUACGCUUCUGAGUACGGUAGGAACUUCCUUGAGUUUAUCGAAUGUGCAAAGAUUCGAUGGACAACAACCAGAAAAAAAUUAUGAGAUUGAUGAAAAAACAAGCAUAGCUACAAAUGGCCGUAGCCAUGGUGUUCAAGAAUCUACGACGGAAAAAUGCAAACAGGAUAAUUGUAAAGUAGGAUAUGUCGUAGAAGGUAGACAAUUCAAAAAGUAUAGAGUCGAAGAGAGGACCUCCGAUGGGUUCAUAGUUGGAGAAUAUGGUGUUGUGAGAAAUGAAGACGGAGCCCUGCGCGGUGUGAGAUACACGGCGGAUAGCGAUGCCAGCCCUCGGUUGAUCUAUGAUGCACUUAUGAAGUUCCUACAACUCAGAUAAAUCAUACUUUUGUUUUUAAUGAACGAAUUAUUGAGUCACAAAACGUAGCAUAAGGCAUAUUUACUCAUUACUAUGACAUAUGCAAUUUAGUUUUAGUUAAAAUUCGUAUUUGCUCAUUUUCUUAAUAAGUAUUUUUAGUAUGUACAUGUUGUCGUAUUUAAUAAAUAGCAAUCCCAACUUUCAAGACACAUUAUUUAUUAGAAAGACUGAUCAGUUUAUUGUUACAAAAAAAUUACUAUUCAUGAAAUAUCUUUAUCAUGGGUCAACAAUAAAGUUUGUAUAAGUUUAAAACAAAUACAUAUAAUUCAUGUGCUUAGAGCAUAUUUUAUACGGCACACUAGUCUCCUUAAACUGAUGACUCGUUCUGAAAUAGAUGUAUAAAAGCACUAAAAUUAUGCAGUCUUCAAUUUUCCAUCAGUGAUAUUACGACACAUAUUUACACUUGGGUUCGAUAAUAUUGUUAAUAAUAGUUUAAAUGUUUUCAACGUAGAAUAGAGUUUUAUUGCACGUCAAAACAGAAAUAAAAUACAUAUUAUAAAACCAAUCGGGGUACAACUGUAUAAAACACAGUCUUAUCUCUAAAAGCGAUCUUUAAAAUUACCGAGCCAACACGGGUACGGCGCGUUUUGAUUUGUUCAUAUCACGCUUGCUUAAAAAUACUCUGAUAAGCAUUUAAUAAUCAAAUCACUGUUACUUUGUAACCAAAUAAUGAUUAUUUACUGACAAUUAUGACUUCUCAUAAGGGAAGGUUAUAUAGCAACACAAAUAGCCAUUUAUGGUGGGGGGCAAGAAGUUAAUGCAAUAUAGUUUAGAAGCAUCAAUCACGAAUUUCCGUCGUGCCAUUUAGUUUUAAAAAGUGAACAGUUAAGUAUGAUUAGUCUGUUACGUAAAAAUUAGCUUCAAUUAAAAAACAAUGUGGUUAUUCAUUAAAUUGUUCAAAUA